UUUUAACAUUUACUUAAUCUUUUACUCUUGGGGCUGGAGAAGCAGGGCGACUCGGAUGCCCCAGGCAGCCUGGGCACCAUGAGCUUUGUCCCUGGUGCCCUGCCUCCGGAUUGGUGGGGUGCCCGUGCAGUCGUUCCUGGAACCGGGGUAAGGAGGAGUUUUUUCAAAGUAUCUGAGGCAUCUCAGGACUGACUUGACUGGCUGCUGGCCUGAUGGCCAUCUAGGUCCCGCUGCAGGUCAUCUAGGGCAGGAGGCCGGAUGAUCCAGGGUCCCCACGCCUGCUAGAGGCUCAGCCGGUCACCCCGGGCUCCCUGAGCCCCUCGAUCCCCGCGUGGCCGCCUGCAGCUCUGUCCAUGGCGUUCGCCGAGCUCCUGGACCGAGCGGGGGGAGUAGGCCUAUUCCAGGCCCUACAGAUCUUCACCCUCUUCUUUCCCUCCGUCUUGAUACCCUACCUCAUGCUCAUGGAGAACUUCUCGGCCGCCGUGCCCAGCCACCGCUGCUGGGUACCCCUCCUGGACAACAGCACUGCCCAGGCCGGUGUCCCUGCGGCCCUGGGCCCCAAGGACCUCCUGACCGUCUCCAUCCCACCGGGCCCCAACCACGAGCCCCACCAGUGUCGCCGCUUCCGCCAACCACAGUGGCAGCUCCUGGACCCCAACGGCACGGCCACCAACUGGAGCGAGGCCGCCACGGAGCCGUGCGUGGACGGCUGGGUCUAUGACCACAGCACCUUCACCUCCACCAUCGUGUCCGAGUGGGACCUAGUGUGCGACCACAAGGGCCUGAAAUCCGUGAGCCAAACCCUCUACAUGACCGGGCUACUGAUCGGCUCCAUCUUCUGGGGCGUUCUCGCCGACCAGUUUGGGCGGAAGUGGAUACUGAGCUGGAGCUGCCUGCAGGUGGCUUUGAUCAGUACCAGCACCAUCUUUGCUUCUAAUUUCUACAUCUACGCUGGCCUCCGGUUUCUGGUCGCUUCUGGAGUAUCCGGCAUCCUCCUGACCUCCAUGAUGCUUUUGGUGGAGUGGACCACGACCCGCAGGAGGGCCACCACCAUAACAAUCCAGGGCUGCUUCUACAGCCUGGGCCAGAUGACCCUGGGGAUCCUGGCCUUCAUCGUGCGGGACUGGCGGACCCUCCAGAUGGCCAUGUCGAUGCCCUUCUUUGCCAUCUUCCUGAUAUCCUGGUGGCUUCCAGAGUCGGCCCGAUGGCUGAUUGUCGUCGGCAAGCCAGAACAAGGGCUCCGGGAACUCCACAAGGUGGCCAGGAUAAAUGGCCACAAAGAAGCCACGAAGUCACUAACCAUAGAGGUGCUGAUGACCAGCAUGAAGGAGGAGGUGGCCUCCAAGAAGGCCCACAGGUCGGUGCUGGAGCUGUUCCUCGUUCCCAUCCUCCGCAAUAGGAGCUGCAUCAUGUUCAUCCUGUGCUUCAGCAACGUGAUGUCCUACUACGGGCUGGUCCUCGACCUGCAAAACCUGGGGAAUGACAUCUUCCUCCUCCAGGUCCUCUUCGGGGUCGUGGACCUACUGGCCCGGGUCGCCACCCCCUUCUUGCUCAGCAUCCUGGGCCGCCGCAUAAUCUUGGGGGGCUUCCAGGCCACAGCUGGCCUCUCCAUCCUGGCCAACGCGCUGGCCCCAAAAGAUUUGCAGAUCCUGCGCAUGGUCUUUGCUGUUCUGGGAAGGGGAUGUUUUGGCGCCAUCUUCACCUGUCUCUCUGUCUACAAGUCUGAACUCUACCCAACCGCAUUGAGGAUGACAGCAGAUGGCUUCCUGCACUCAGGAGGUCGGCUGGGGUCUGUGAUAGGCCCCCUGAUCGCGAUGACUCCGCAGAGCCUGUCCCUGCUCUCCCCCAUCAUCUAUGGUGUUCUUCCCGUCGCUUCCAGCAUCCUCCUGCUCUUCCUCCCAGAGACCCAGGGAUUGCCACUUUCCGACACCAUCCAGGACCUGGAGAACCAGAAAUCGGCAGCAGCCAAGGGCAACUGGCGAGAGGUGGUCGUUACAGAAAGUACCUCGUUCUAGAAAUUCUGCCUGCGUGGAGUCCCUUUGGCCAAAGAUCCCCACGGAGAGCACUGCCUCCUCUCCAGCCGAGGGUGGAAGAAAUCGGAAGAAGCUCCAGAGUUUGGCGGGUGGCUGGGGGCUGCUCUCCUCCUCCCUUCUCUUCUCCCCCCACCUCAGCCCUGCAGAGCCAAGCCUGGCUGGCUGGUCUCGUCCACACCCACCAACAAGACGGGUCCUUUCUCCUCCCCACCAGGCUCCAACCUCCACACGUUUGCUCAGAACUCCCGACUCGCUUCACUGACCCGUGCACCGCAGUGUUCUCACCUCUGGGCCACCAGAGUGGAUCACAGGACAGAAAGGGGAGUGUCUAGACAGACCUAGGUCCCAAUCUCCCUCCCCCACCCUUUUCAGAGUCCUCAUCUGUAAAAUGGAAAUAAUCACAGAACCUACCUCCACAGGGAGGGGUGGGGGGGUUGGUGACAGGGUUAAGAGAUCUUUGCACAGUCAAGAGCCCAAUAAACAGAACCUGCUAACUGGGCUGCCGGGUACAGGUGUUCAGGUUGUGUGCUGCCCAAGGCACCAGCUGAAGGAGGCACAUGGGGGCUGAAAUCCAGCCCAGGCUGCAUUGGGGCAGAAAGGAGUUGUUUUCAUCCCCCUUUACUUCCCACCGCGGUUACAGGGCUGGCCUAACACUGGACCGCUCAGACCAGCAGCAUUCAUUCCUAACAGGUGCGUGCACGGCCCAGGCAGGCUGCGCCAGGCACAGUGCAGGGCACAGCGGGCUGCAUGCAGGAGCAGCGUGAACCACCUGGGGCUGUGGGAGGCAGGCUUUGUAGCACCAAGAAGACAGAGUGACCCGACUCCCGACUCCCGAGGGAGGAUGUGAUUGGCUUGUCUGAGGGGUCCCACCCAUUGACAGGACACCGAAUAGAAGGAACAGGAAUAACAGGAAUGGUUCUUGGCUGCUCGGUGAUAAGUGCUGUUUGCUAUGGGAGAUGCAGUUCUGCCAUUGGAGACCCUCCUGGUUUUCCUACACUAUCAGGCUUUAACUUGAGGCCUUACACCAGAGGGGGCCCCUUCGGCUGCCUAUCUCACUGGGUCACCUUUGCCUAAUUCACCCCAAGACCCUCCCUGUGCUGUCAGCACCCUGGGCCGCUAAAACCGUGGGAUCGUGAAGGCUUGCCACCUAUUUUAGAAGUGAGGAAACUGAAGCUCAGAGAGGUGGAGUGACCUGCUUGAAGUCACACAGCUGAUCCCUGGCCCGGCUCCCAAUCCAGGGCUCUUUCCAGCGCACCAGGCUCCUCACCCUCACCUCCAGCCCUCCAGGCCUGACACUGGAGGGCAGCCCUGUCACAAUGUAACUCCCACACCCUCCCCUGGAGAUCCAGACCCAGACAACUGCCCACUCCUCUGAUGACCCAGGGAACCUCCGCGCCCGGGGUUCCCCACCCUGUGUCACAUCCAAUGCACACUGGGCUAAUCAAACACCGUUCAACUCCUACCCCGCCCCGCCUCGUCUGCUUAAAACCCUCUGGUGGCUCAUGAUGAAAAUCACACUCCCCGCCCCUGCCCCCCGCAACAGGCUCCUGGGGUCCCCGGUCUUGCUUCACAUGUAAUAAAUUUUUAAACAUUCAAAUCA